AUGUUCGCCAAACUCACUGUUCUCGCCCUUGCGGCUGCCGCCCCCCUCACCUCCGCCCUAGGCAUGGCCCGCGUGGUCAACAAAUGCCCGGACACAGUCCACGUCUGGUCCGUCGGCUCCUCCGUCACCGGCCCCUACGCGCUGGGCACCAAUGGUGGCUUUUACGCCGAGGAGUUCCGCAAGGACCCCGUCACGGGCGGAAAGGCGCUCAAGGUGACCAAGAACGCCGACGGCCUGUACACGGGCGCGCCGCAGACCAUCUUUGCCUACAACCUCGACGGCGAUAAGAUCUGGUACGACCUCAGCGACGUCUUUGGCGAUGCCUUUGUCGGCAAGAAGCUGGUUGUGGCCAGCCAGGAGUCGACUUGCCCUUCGAUCAUUUGGCCCAAUGGCGUUCCGCCCGCCGGCAGCCAGGUCAAGACCUGCACGGCCUCCAAGGAUGUUGUCUUCACGCUUUGCGGUUGA